AGGUGGUGGAGGGUUAAAGUGGACUGACCCAGGCUAAACUGGUCCUUACUGGUUCUUACUGGUCCUUACUGGUGUGAGCUGGUCUGGGGGAAGGGAAGUGGACAGAUGGAUGGUUUCCAGGCGUAUGGGGCAGGGAAGGCGGGCGGUGCUUUCGACCCACUGACCUUCAUCCGACAACCUCAGACUGUGGUGAGGAUCCUCUGCUGGAUCUUCUCCAUUGUGAUCCUGGGCUGCGUUGCUAACGAGGGUUACGUUAACCGGCCUGAAGAGGUGGAGGAAUACUGCAUCUUCAACCGUAACCAGAAUGCCUGCAACUAUGCUGUCGCAAUGGGAACACUGUGUUUUCUCUGCAGUGCUGCUCUCUUGGCGCUGGACGUUUAUUUCCCACAGAUCAGCGGCGUGAAGGACAGGAAGAAAGCCGUCAUGGCGGACAUUGGAGUUUCAGUUCUCUGGUCUCUGGUCUGGUUCGUGGGUUUCUGUUUUCUGGCCAAUCAGUGGCAGGUUUCUAAAGAAGAAGACAACCCUCUGAAUGAAGGAGCUGAUGCUGCCCGGGCCGCCAUUGUCUUCUCCUUCUUCUCUGUCUUCACGUGGGCUGUCCAGGGUCUGCUGGGGCUCUACAGGUUUAAACUGGGGGCCAGCAACGUCACCUUCAAUCAGGACUACAUAGACCCUAACCAACAGAACCCUGAGGCUCCUCCCACUGAGGAGUAGAGGCUCCGCCCAUCGACGAGUAGAGGCUCCGACCACCCAUGAGUAGAGGGGGGGCUUGAACAGUGAUACAUUCUGGGUAGUUGUGUAUUGUGAUGGGUCAUAUUUAGGAAACAGAAUUGGACUAAAAAAUUACCAGGUUUAUAGUCCGAUGAUGUCACUCACCAGGGGGCGUGUACUCUCCGUCAGUAGCCAUUCAGAGUUCAGAACAUGAGUGAAGAAUAAACAGUCUGAUUUUAAACGCACACAGAGUUCAUUGGAAAGAAA